AUGGUGCACCCUCUCGUCAUCACAGCAGCCGCUACUGCAGGCCUGGGUGCAGCAGUAGCAUUUGAAGUGGCCGUCUUUGGUCCUUGGCGCGAAGAAAAUUGGCCGCAAGGGUUCGGACACGGCGUCCGCAGCGAGUUGCUCAAGAUUCGCCGCGAGUUCGAAGAGGCGGUCACCGAGAUCCGCGAUGAGUUCCGAACACGAAGAGAUGGUCGUCGUCGACGUACAAGUGGCGACAACGCCCGCCGUCGGCUGAGCGAUGGCGAGCUGGACGACUUUCGCCGAGGUGUCGGUGAAGAGGCAAGCAGCGAGAGUGCACAGCACGAAUUCGAGAUGCACGAGCGCCAGGCUUCCGCUUACCGCGAUCGGCUCCGGGCUUCGAUGAGUGAGGGUGCUGUUCGUGGAUCCGAUCAGCCCAACAGCAGGUUGAGAAGACGGCGACCAGCCAACGCAAGUGAUACUGAGGGAAAGUCGUCAUCGCCGACGAACAGCAUCAAAGUUCCGGUAAUCGAUGUGCGCGCACCAGCGUCACCAGAGCUUCCGCAUCAUAGCCUAGGGGACGCCUCGCCUAGUGUGAAGGAUGCAGCCUCUCUUCCGUCUGAUUCACGCUUCAAUUCGGUUCGAAGCGCCAAGGCGUCAGGAGCAUCACAGCAAGAGACCACCAGCGCCGAUACCGAGAGUGGGGCCGCGAAGAAUGGAUUGCUUGGUCUUGACUUCGGCCCGCAGUCAUCGGCAUCUUCGGAUGAGCAGGCAGGUCAGGGCGUGACAGGCGACCCAUUCGUUGACAUUGUCGACGGCACGGCUUCGUCCUGGCAUGCUGUGUUCAGCGACCGCACCCAAGAGCCAUCCAACGAGACUGUGCUAGAAAGCAUCGCUGGCCACUCGUCGCCGGCUCUGUCGUUGCAAGAUGCGGCAGAGGAAGCACACGUGGUAUUGGACACGAAUGGACUAUCGCAGACUCUCUCGGAUCAGCAAAGCUCUUUCCACGAGCUUUAUGCCGAAGCUCCCGGCAACGAUGCAUCGCAAGCCUCUCCGCACCAGUCGAACCGGGCUCUGCACACUCCUAGCCAGGACGCUCGCUCGAACGGAACCAGAUCCGAGACUGCAGCGAGCGAGCCCGAUUUUGAAGUGCUGAGCGAUACUGCUGAUUCGGAAGGAAGGUGGCAGCACCUCGAGGCGCCACCGAGCCCAACCAUCUCGAGUGGCAGUGAGGCUAUCGCGGUGGGAAGCAUCGACACAUUCUCGGUGACCAGCGAUGGCCAGGACAGCUGGGCCGAGCUGAGCGAGCCUGGAUCCGAUGCCGAGGGCUUUGCUCGAAGAGAGACGAGUGUCCGCUCUCCUCGUGGCUGA